GGGUCAAACCAUGUAUUGACCCGACUAUCAGCUUCGUUGGGUUGGUGAGCCGGAGAGGCAAGGUCUUGUCAAGUAGGGCCGCAGCGUUGAUGGUGGUUGAGUCAGGAGUGGAGAGGACGGCUACAUAGCGAGUCCUCACGGCGGGCAAGUUGACGGACUGUGUUCUGGUGGUGGCCCAGCACCCCUUACCAUAGACACUAUUGAUGAGAUAGUGGAGGAUGUCUUGGGUGAGGGUAACAAGACUAUAAUGGGUCAUGAGAUUGAUGACAUCAUUCUGCACAAGGUUAAACACAUUGAAGAGGAAGGUGCUAAGGGAGAAAGCCACCUUCUGGAAGAGCCUCAGACCACUCUGUCAACUCCCACACGUGAAGAUGUAGAGGCAGCAGAAGUGCCUCUCCAUACAGUCUCUGACAUCUAUGUCCAUGGCCAGGGGGCAGCAACUGCUCCAGCAGUAGCAGCAGUGUUAGAAGAGCUGGCAGCAGCUGCACGGGCUGCUAAGUUAGCUGCAGAGGAGGUCUCAUCAUGUGCACGGGCCGUGGGAGGAGCUGUACAGGCACAAGAAGAAUCUGCAAGAGAAGAGGCAAAAGCUGAAAGGGAAAAGGCAGAAGCUGCAAGGGAAGAGGCAAAAGCUGCAAGGGAAAAUGCAGAAGCUGCAAGGAAAAAGGCAGAAGCUGCAAAUGAAGAGGCAAAAGCUGCAAAGGAAAAUGCAGAAGCUGCAAAGGAAAAGGCAGAAACUAGCAGGCUAAAACAAUUAUACCUGAAAAUAAAAAUUGAAAAUGCUAAGAGAUACAAACAAUGA